AUGUCUGUUCCCUCAUCGAUCGAAACUCGUCAUUUUAUUAAUGGCGAGUUUGUACCUUCCUUGGAUGGAUCCACCUUCAAAUUAUUCAACCCUUGGACCAACGACAUAACUGCUGAAGUCUCAGAGGCAAAGGCAGCAGAUGUCGAUCGUGCUGUCAAUAGCGCCAAAGCAGCCUUCCCGAAGUGGUCCUCACUUGAUGGCUCUGAAAGAAGAAGACUUAUGCUUCGUCUUGCUGACCUUGUGGACCAAAACAUCUCCGAGUUUGCACGGCUGGAGGCUCUGUCAAUGGGCAAACCUGUGUCGCAAUACAUGGAUUCGACAAUGGGAACGGCAACAUUGCGUUAUUAUGCCGGAAAGGCCCUUGAUGUGCAUGGUGUGACAUCUCUUACGUCCCAGAACCAUUUGAAUCUCUCUCUCCGUCAACCCUACGGUGUUACCGCCGCAAUCAUUCCAUGGAACGUACCUUUGAUUAUGCUCUGCUUCAAAGUCGGCCCCUCGUUGAUUGCAGGAAAUACCCUUAUUGUGAAGUCCUCAGAGAAAGCCCCGCUCACUUGUUUACUAUUUGCACGUCUAGCUCAUGAAGCUGGUUUUCCUCCUGGCGUGCUGAACUUUUUAUCUGGAUUUGGCCUUCCUUGUGGAGAUGCAAUUGCACGUCACCCGAUCAUCCGGAAGAUUGCUUUCACUGGCAGCUCAAUGACGGGAAAGCUGAUUCAGAAGGCCGCUGCCGAGUCGAACCUGAAGUCGUGUACACUCGAACUUGGUGGAAAGAGUCCUUUGCUUAUAUUCGAGGAUGCCAAUCUCGAGAAGGCCGCAAAGGCAGCCGCGUUCUCUAUCGUUUUCAACUCUGGUCAAGUAUGUAUGGCUUCCUCGCGAAUCUAUGUCCAGGAGUCAAUUGCGCAGGAGUUUACUCAGCUCUAUCUGAAGGAAAUCCAGGCAAUCUCUAACAAGGCAGGAGAUCCAUUGGACCCUGAGACCAACUUCGGUCCCCAGGCAGACAGCAAGCAAGUUCAAAACAUUCGAACAUUCUUGGACAGGGCGAAAAUUGAAAACUUGAAAGUGAUACUUGACGAUCACGUGGUUCCUUCCCAGGGAAAUUUCGUGUCACCCCGAGUAUUCAUCGAUGUGCCGGAAGAAAAUCCAAUGAUGAAAGAGGAAAUUUUCGGGGCGGUCUCAUGUAUCAACCGCUUCAAAAAUGAAGCUGAUGCCCUGGAACGAGCCAAUGAUUCAGAAUUUGGUCUCUACGCUAGCGUUUUCACACGGGACUUGAACCGGGCAAUUCGGAUCGCCAAGGACUUCGAAGCUGGGUCUGUUGCAGUCAAUUGUUCUUCGCCGUAUUAUUGCCAGGAUCUUCCUCUUGGCGGUUUCAAGGGCUCGGGGACAGGUCGAGAGCUGGGCCAAGAGGGGCUAGAUUCUUGGACCGAGGCUAAAUCCAUCUUUGUCUCCCUGGACUGA